CCUGCCCCGCCCCUCGGCUGCCGCCGCCACCGCCUUCGGAAGAUGGCGGACGGCGGGGCCGGUCCCGCGCAGCAGGAAGGGGAAGUGUCCGCGCCGGCCGGUGGCGGCCGGAGGGAUCGGCAGCCCCGGAGUGUAGGCCGCCCGCCCAGCGCCCGGGAUUUGCAGUUGGCCUUGGCAGAGUUAUACGAAGAUGAAGCUAAAAGGCAGUCGUUGUGUCCUGACAAACCAACAACUACAAAGAUCAGUAACACAAAAGUAUCACACAGUCUUAAAAUUGAUUCUCUUAGAAGGUUGAGAAAACCAGAGAGAAGCAUGAGCGAUGACAAAGAAAACCAAAGAUUUUAUUCAGGUGACUCAGAAUACAGAGGAUUACAGAUUUCUGGGGCUUCUAAUAAUCCAAGUAAAAUUGUUGCUGAACUCUUCAAGGAAGCAAAAGAACAUGGAGCUGUCCCAUUAGAUGAAGCCUCAAGAGCAUCUGGUGACUUAAGUAAAGCUAAGUCAUUUUCUGGUGGUGGAUAUAGAUUGGGUGACUCAUCACAAAAGCACUCUGAAUAUAUAUAUGGAGAAAAUCAGGAUGUUCAAAUUUUGCUGAAACUAUGGAGGAAUGGCUUCAGUUUAGAUGAUGGGGAGUUGAGAUCCUAUUCAGACCCAACAAAUGCUCAGUUUCUUGAGUCUGUUAAAAGAGGGGAAAUUCCUGUGGAACUGCAGCGACUUGUUCAUGGUGGCCAGGUUAAUUUGGAUAUGGAAGACCACCAAGAACAGGAAUAUGUGAAGCCUAGACUGCGAUUCAAAGCUUUCAGUGGUGAAGGGCAAAAACUUGGAAGCCUUACACCUGAAAUAGUCAGCACACCUUCUUCACCAGAGGAGGAGGAGAAAUCCAUUCUCAGUGCACCUGUUCUGAUUGAUGAUUCCAUGCCAGCAACUAAAAUUCAAAUUAGAUUAGCAGAUGGAAGCCGAUUAAUACAAAGAUUUAAUCAAACACACAGGAUUAAGGAUAUUCGAGAUUUCAUUAUCCAGUCCCGUCCAGCAUUUGCAACAACUGAUUUUGUUCUUGUGACUACCUUUCCAAAUAAAGAGCUUACAGACGAAAGCCUGACACUACAAGAAGCAGAUAUACUUAACACUGUGAUUCUUCAGCAAUUAAAGUAAUCUUACAGUUGUUGGUAUGAAAUAGGGACUGUGCUGUCUUGUCAUAGAAUAUGUUUCCAACAGAUGAAAAAAAGGAAAGAGCGGUGUCUUUUUAUUACCCCACUUCCAUGGAUCAAAUUUUUGGGUUUCAUGUCUUCCAGCUAUAGCAUAUCUAGCUUUUUCGUUUUAAUUUCUCAACAUUGUUCAGCCUUUUUUCAGUGUUAAAAUUAAGCUUCCCUGUGUUAGUUUGUUUCAGACACAUCUUGUACUAAAUGUGAAAUGAGGUAUGACUUUAUGACUCUUCAUUAUUUUGAGAGGGGUGAGGGGAGAAGCAUUUGGGGACAGUAUCUUUUACACAGUUGGUAAGAUUUGCACUAUGGAAAUGUUUUAUGCUGCAUUGACAAACAGCCAUUUGAAAACUUAGCCUGUAGGUUAUGUUUACCUUCCAAGCUGUAUUAAUAUUAAGGUGUUCUGUUUAAUAGGUUGACAGAUAAUUAAUGCCCUAAUACAAUUUUUGUAUAUUCUGUUUGUAGUGUUUCAUGGUGCAGUAUAAUAUUUAUAUUCUAGUUUUUAUGUAAUUUUCCCCGUAUUGUUGCUCAUAUGAGUGAAUCAGUUCAGGAGAUGCAAAUCUCGGCUAUCACAGACUAUAAUAGGUUGUUGACAUUUGUAUUCCAGUUGUUCUACUUGUGGUGAAAAUAAGUAUGAAUUUUUUUCUUCUUGAAGCUAGAGAAAUGGGAGAGACCACUGUCAUCUGGAGAUCUGCUGUGAUUUAGAUUUCAUGAAAGUAGGCCUGUGGUCACUUUGAAUCUGAAUAUGCAGUUGAACCCUGUGCAGCUACAUGAUUCUUCACAUGAACAGUUACUUAAAUAACCCCAAACACAAAGGUGCACAAACACAGAACUUGUUUAUGCUGUCACUUGCAUGCACAAAAAUAGACAUGUUAAUUGGUCGUGUAUUUUUGACCUGGAUUUGAGGUCUUUAUAUUUGGACUUUUGGCCAAAGGCAUUUUGUAAUAUUCAAUGGGGAUUUGGUUGUGCAGCUUUCGCUAUACUUGUUUGGAAGCUGUAUAGUUAAACCCCUUAAUAUUUGAAAUUAUAUAUUUUUUCAAAUAACUUGGCCCUACACUGCAGUAUGCAGGUAGGAAUCUUAUGUUGUGGGCAAACUGGCUGCUGUGCUUUAGUAUUAUGCAGUUUUAUAGUAUUUGUGGCUUUAUAUCAGAUGAGUGGAUCACACUCUGAAGGAGGGUAAGUGGGCUGUAUCUCUUGUACGGAUAUAUGUGUUAAAAAUGCUGGUUUUGCUGAUUAUUUUAUUCUGAAAAUAUCAAUAUUUAUUUAUGCUAAGCUUAUAAUUGCUCAGUAUAUUUGAUUAAUCUUACAUUUUUACCUCAAAGUAGAUAUUUGACUAAGUAAAUUUUAAAUGUGCAAUUGUAUUUGAAGUAUUUGGUUUUGUAAACUGAAUAUCUGCAUGAUUUUAAUCAUGAUUCAUUUCACGUGCUAAGUAAUUAAAGUUUUAAGCUAAAAAGACCAUAGGCAACACUUCUUGUUUUCUUCGCAAUUUAUGUUGUGAUGAAGUUGUGGUUGUGUUGCAUGCCAAAUAUUUAAGCCUAAAUGGAAAGGAAUGGACACUUACUAUGCAUAUAUUUUAUAUACUAACACUUCUCUAUAUAAAUGCAAGGCCAGAGUCAGUAUCGUGAUACCGAUCUUGGGCAGUCUGUGGUUUGGGCAUAUUUCAGUUCAGAUUAUAGACAUUCCAAAAAAAGUCUGCUGAACUUCAAAGAGAUGAUUAACAGAGCUCAGAUUACAGACCAGAAGUCACCUUCUUACACUUCUUACUUGCAACUCUUAUCCUUUAGUAAAGGUCCUGUUCUGACCAUAAUUGAAGAGCUCUCUGGCAGCACAUCUGGAUGUUAAAGGGGAGAAACUAAGUUUAAAAAUUUUUAAAUCUAAAACUGAGAAGUGGGGAGGGUAUCUAGUUCUUUUCUGUUUGCUGGGAGCUGUCUGCUCUUGAGUUAAAUAUGUGAUCUACAAACCACGUAUUUGGGCUCUUUUUCUGGGGUAUGAGAAGAUAGAUGUGUUUAUUCCAAACUGCAAUAAGGUGAACUGAGUGAGACGUUCCUAACUGUGGAAAUAAUUCCCUAAAUUUUUUUUUUUUUUUAAAUUAUGGAAGAGCUACUAUUUUACAUUUAUAAAUCUACCUCAGUCCAAAUUAAUUUGGUGAGAUCUUAGACCAUUUAAAUACUAAUGAGCAAGUAUUCCCAAAUGGGAAUACCCAGGAGUCAUUUUCUUAUAUGAUGUUUUUAGCUGAAGUUCGAAUUGAAGGAGUUACUUCUGCAGGGCUGCAAAGCUGGUAUUUAUUUCAUGGAAUUCUUAGUGUCUUACUACGUGCUGAUAUAAAAAUUUUGAUUGUCUAUUCUAGCAAAAAAAAAAAAUAGAAUUCAUAGUGUUUACUAGCUCUAUCUUAAAAAUUACCAAUUGAUUGCAUUUUGAGGACAAAAUAAAUUUUCUGAUUUCCAAAUUAAAUUUUAAUGAACUUUUUCAUGGUAAUAGCUGUCUACAGUGUUUUGGACCAAUGGAAGCCUCAGAACUUUAGCGCCUGCAUUGUACAAACCCCAGACAAAUGCUCCAUUUCAGUGAACAGAAUUCAUUCCUGUUUAUCUUGCAACUGUUCCUAAUCAAGUUAAAUUAAAUCAUCAUUAAUCAGAUGUUCACAAUGCAAAUGUCCUUACAGUCUUUCAUGCCAAUUUAUUUAAUCCAUUUUAAAUUAGAUUUUACAAAUAAAAUCUCUGCCUGAAUGUGAAAA